AUGAAGAACAUCUGGACCCCUACCCCCAGCCGGGCUCCUCAACACAAACUUUCCGUCCAGCUCGCUGCCUCCUGCGCGCUCGGCGCCUCCCGCUCCAACGCGGCUUGUUCCGCACGUUCAGGCCAGCCCCCUUCCCCACGACCCCCCUUCCCUGGUCCCCCUCUCAGCUCCCUCGGGCCCGGCGGAGUGGCCCGACCGGAGCGCCCUAGCAAGCUUGGACCAGGCUCAGGCUGCCCAGCGGGCUCAGGCCCAGAGCCCAGAGUAACCAGCACAAUAGCGUCCAACAGCUGGAACACCAGCAGCAGCCCCGGGGAGGCCCGGGAGGAUGGGCCCGAGGGCCUGGACAAGGGGCUGGACAACGAUGCGGAGGGGGUGUGGAGCCCAGACAUCGAGCAGAGCUUCCAGGAGGCCCUGGCCAUCUACCCACCCUGCGGCCGCCGCAAGAUCAUCCUGUCGGACGAGGGCAAGAUGUACGGUCGGAAUGAGUUGAUAGCGCGCUAUAUUAAAUUGAGGACGGGAAAGACGCGGACGAGAAAGCAGGUGUCCAGCCACAUACAGGUUCUAGCUCGGAAGAAGGUGCGGGAGUACCAGGUUGGCAUCAAGGACCAAGUCUCCAAGGACAAAGCCCUCCAGAGCAUGGCGUCCAUGUCCUCUGCCCAGAUUGUCUCCGCCAGUGUCCUACAGAACAAGUUCAGCCCACCCUCCCCUCUGCCUCAGGCCGUCUUCUCCACCUCCUCACGGUUCUGGAGCAGCCCCCCUCUCCUGGGACAGCAGCCUGGACCCUCUCAGGACAUCAAGCCCUUUGCACAGCCAGCCUACCCCAUCCAGCCGCCCCUGCCAUCGACGCUCAGCAGUUAUGAGCCCCUGGCCCCGCUCCCCCCGGCUGCUGCCUCUGUGCCCGUGUGGCAGGAUCGCACCAUCGCCUCUUCCCGGCUGCGGCUCCUCGAGUAUUCCGCCUUCAUGGAGGUGCAACGAGACCCUGACACGUACAGCAAACACCUGUUUGUGCACAUCGGCCAGACGAACCCCGCCUUCUCCGACCCACCCCUGGAGGCAGUCGAUGUGCGUCAGAUCUACGACAAGUUCCCUGAGAAAAAGGGUGGACUGAAGGAGCUCUAUGAGAAGGGGCCCCCUAAUGCUUUCUUCCUCGUCAAGUUCUGGGCCGACCUUAACAGCACCAUCCAGGAGGGCCCGGGAGCCUUCUAUGGGGUCAGCUCCCAGUACAGCUCGGCCGAUAGCAUGACCAUCAGUGUCUCCACCAAGGUGUGCUCCUUUGGCAAGCAGGUGGUGGAGAAGGUGGAGACCGAGUAUGCAAGGCUAGAGAAUGGGCGCUUCGUGUACCGCAUCCACCGCUCACCCAUGUGUGAGUACAUGAUCAACUUCAUCCACAAGCUGAAACACCUGCCCGAGAAGUACAUGAUGAACAGUGUCCUGGAGAACUUCACCAUCCUGCAGGUGGUCACGAGCCGAGACUCCCAGGAAACCCUGCUUGUUAUUGCUUUUGUCUUCGAAGUCUCCACCAGCGAUCACGGGGCCCAGCACCACGUCUACAAGCUCGUCAAAGACUAGGGUGCCCUCUGCCCCCACCACCAGGAUGCAGGACAAACAUCUUUUCCACACAUCUGCCUGGCAUGCCUGGGGGUCCAGGACUGAGAAUUCAUCUGCCUGCCAGGUCUCAGGACCAGGACCCAGGAGGCCUCCCCACCUACCCCCAGCACACACACUCCCUGCCACUGUUCUGCACUUUAAUUAUGGGAGAAGAGAGGGGAGCUCAGAGGUGGAGCAGCCUGGCUGGGACGCCAGGACCAUCACCCAGUUCUGCCCAGACUCACAUGAAUGGGAGGACGCCUUUGGGCUCAGUGUGCGUGGCCACUGGCACCUCAGGGCAGUGUGACGGGUGUGUGAGGGAAGACUGUGGGGGCGGCGGAGCACGGAGGCCGGGAAGGAGUAUGGAGGCGGGGUUGGGUUGAGAAGAACAGAGGGGUCCAAAUUCUCUUUGCACCUGCUUUGUGACAGGCCCCCUGUGUGCCUGGUGCAUCCUCAGACCCUGCAAGCGUGGGUCUCUGGGUGUUGCAAAUGAGAAACUGGGGUGGUGGGCAGAGCUGUAGUUCCAGCCCAGGGCUGCCUGUCCCCAGAGCCCAGGUUUACACUGCCUGCCUGCAGCAGGCCAGCCCCAGAGGGUCGGGGAGAGGGGCCACUGGGUUGGGGGCCUCCUGGCAGGAGGAGCGGCUGCUUCUGACCAGGCAUGAAAGAGGAGCAGCGGGUACUUGGCACAUGUUGAGCACCCUCUGUCAGCCUGCAAUCCAGCCACGGGGCUGGGGGAGCCUCCUGCCCAACCUCCCUCAAGGCUCCCUGGCCCAGAUCCUUCACCACACCCUCUGGCAGCCUCCUGGUGCGGGGGAGGGCCUGGUAGGCCGAGGCUCAGAAAUAGGCUGGAGGGUCAGAUAGGAAGACAGAGGCCUGGCCUCUGGGCAGACCUGUGGCCCAGGGACAAGGGCAGCAAAGGCUUUGAUAUUUUCUCUUGCCUAAGACUACAGUUUGAUGAACCCUCAGUGGGUGCCACUACUUUGUGUUCUUCCUCACCUCAGUCUCCUCACGUGGAGCAGCAGCCCCCGACCCAGUUCUGAGACUAAAGGUUAACCCUGCCUGUUGCCACUUCCCAACACCCAGUCCCCUCAGGCAUUUAUGAGUUUCAUAUGAAGUACUGUGCCCUUCCCUUCCUUACCCCGCCCCGCCCCACUCCAAGCUUCCUGAAGGUCCUCACAGUUUGCAUAUCACUCAGGCCACCUGCAAAAUCCAACCUAGGUUUUAUAAUGUAUAUUAUAUAUUUUUUGUGUACUUUUUAAAUCCAGCUGUGAUGGGUUAUAUCAUAAAAGUGGCGCAGGGCUGGGGCAGGCGCCCUCAAGGCCUGCUCAAAAAAAGAAAUUAAAGUUAUUUGUGGGUUAGUUGUGUGACCGGUUGUGUG